AUGGAGGCUCUUGCCUUCGCGUUGCAGCUUGACGGCGAGGAAGAGGUCCACUGCGAGUUGCAGCUCGAGGGAGACGAAGAGCACACGGUGGUUAAGAUUGGCCGAUGCCCGAAGGGUGGACUUGUUGUCAAUCACCUUGGUGUCUCCUGGGUCCAUGCAGAGCUCCGCCUACUGCGGCGAGACGGCGAGGCUGAACCACAGCUGUGCGUGCGAGAUGUCUCCGCAAACGGAACUGGACUUCAAGAAGAAGGAGGAAGUGAGGAGGAAGUGCAAUGGCUGCAGCGUAGCGAAGAUGUGCCUUUCCCGGAGGGGAAGCGGAUUGUAAUGCCGCAGAAAGUCAAGAACAAAGCCGGCCGGCCGGAGGACGCCGUGCGACGGAGCAUCGGCCUUCGCUUCACCAGCGAGGAAGAGGCGGCCAAGGCAAGGCAGAUCCGAGAAGAGAAGGCUGCCAAGAAACGAAGACGUGCCGGGAAAAAGGACCUAGCCGGGGCCGCCUGA